AUGCCCUCCAUGGAUGAAGCGACGGAAGCAUCUCCGCUCAUACCGGUGGGUGAUGCUGAUCGGCAAGAGCCGGCUUAUUCACACACAAAUGAUUUCGAGUGGACGAGAGACGGGAUACAGACCGCGGGUUUAGCUGCCAUUUUCAUCCUCCUGUUUGCCGUAGCAGAUGUCUUCAGAUAUUUCUCGACGCUGCAGCUUCUUGAGCUGGGGGUCUGUACCCAGCAAUAUACUGCUGCGAACCCUGAAAUUCCCAAACAAGCUGGCCAGAAUAUCCCUGGAGAUUUCUGUGGCUCUCCGGGAGUUCAACAGUAUGUCGCAGAUCUGCGGGGGUACCUGGUUGCGCUCGAGGCCCUUGUCGGCCUCUUCCUCACGCUACCUUACGGCCUUCUCGUGAACCGAUGUGGCGAGCGUUUGGUGGCCGGGCUGAGCCUCCUGGGAGUUUCGAUUGCCUGUGCUUGGAUUCUUCUGGUUUCUUUCUCCAAGUCUGCACUUCCGAUCUGGACUGCUGUGCUUGCGCCUCUCUUCCAAGUGAUCGGGGGCGGCUCGCCCGUUCUGUAUUCAGUCCUCUACUCAAUUGCUGCAAAGCACAUCCCAGAAUCCAGCAGAUCUCUUUGUUAUUCAUUCUUCUCGGGUGCGCAAGCAGUGACCGAAAUUGGCGCGGUCAACAUAGCAGCGCUCCUCCUUGAGAAAAAGCUCGAGUACAUGCCACUGGUUCUCGUAUUUCCUGUCUGCACAACAUGUCUCCUCACGCUCUUCUUUAUGAAACCGAAACGGAUGGCCAAAACAGCGCGAGAAUGUGAGAGUGGAAUUCCUAAGGAAGAGAGCAUUUUGGGGCUGGGGUCUCUGCUCAAAGGCGUUCACGCUGUGGUAGAGAUCUGUCAAAAUCUAAACAUUCUAAUUCUACUAGCCAUAUUCCCUAUAACCAAGCUGAUUGAUACAAUUUAUGGGGUAAUGAUACAGUAUAUCCCGAGGAGGUUCGGGCUGUCCUUUGCUACGUCCAGCCGCUUGUCCUCGAUCCCAUCUUUGGAAACCUUUCUUGUUCUUGUUGCGGUAAUACCACUGAUGAAACACAUCGCUGAGACGAAAUUUCAUAUUGCAUUCCGGAAGGUGGAUAUGUAUAUUGUUCGAUAUGGGUUCUUCGUCAUGUCAUUCUCUUGUCUGAUUAUGGCAUUAUCCACGACAUUGAUUACCUUCAUGCUAGGAGUCUCAACAUUCUCAUUCGGCUCAGGCGCACGCCCUGUGCUUCAAUCUAUCCUGACAGACAUGGUUGAUCACGACAGGAUCUCAGUGUUAUAUACCCUCAUGGCUGUUGGAGAUGCCCUUGUUUCAGCGACAGGAUCGCUCAUCAUUCAUCACUCUUUUUCCAUUGCGAUUGGGUGGGAGAAUCUGCUGUGGCUCGGGCUACCAUUUUUCAUCGGCGCAGCAUGUUAUUUCUACGCAUUUGUUGGGGCAGGCCUCGUUAGACACACUGCACUUUCUAGGAAACAAAGCAUGGACUCGGAUUCGGAUUAG